AGCUUUCCAAACUCAUGUUCCACAUCAUGGUUCUUCGCGUCGCUGCAGUCUUGUUCGUGACUAGUAUUUCGCAGGGCUCCAGUGACCUGAGGAGACUACAGACCUUACCCUCCAGUACCCCGCCUAUUUCCAGCACUACCCCUGAAAAUCGCCAAGUAUGCGACUACUACUGCCAAUAUCUCAAUGGUCCUUCGAGCUACUGCAAAUACUGGCAAUCUCCUCGUGUCUGCCAAGGUGGAGAUCAGCCGUGCUCCAUCGAUGUUUGUGAUGUUCCCGAUGGUGCUACUAUUGCCCCUAUUCCAACGCCUUCUCCUGUUGAUGCCGAAGCAUGUGAUCAAUACUGUAUGCUUCUCAAUGGUCCAUCAAGUUAUUGUAAGUAUUGGCAGUCCCCUUCGGUCUGCCUGUACGGCGACCAGCCUUGUGAUGACGUGAGCACCUGUCAAGCCCCUAUCGUCGGUUUUACGACCUUCGACUUGGACGGAGAUCAGCACGUCGGUCCUUCAGCUGCAUGCGAUCUGUACUGCCAAGGGUUGAACGAUGACGAGAGCUACUGCAAACACUGGCAGAAUCCUGCAGUUUGUCAUUCUGGCGACCAACCAUGUGGACCAACUGUAUGCGAUCCCAUUGAUACGACCGCAGUCGUCUCGACCACUGCAGUGUCCACUGCCCCGGCCUCAUCCAGCCCGACGACGACUCUUGUCACGACACUGGCUCCGACUACUACAACUGCUGUUGUCACUACUACUUCCGCUGGUACCUCCGUAUCUCCGACGACUGUUUCUGCCAUCUUUGGUGGGGACUCGGAUCCAACGACUCCCGAGUCAAGCGAGUGUGACCUCUACUGCAGGUCUCUGAACGGAGACGAUAGUUAUUGCAAGUCCUGGCUGAGUCCUCCUGUAUGCCAUAAGGGUGAUCAGCGAUGUGAUCCAUCUACCUGCAUUGUGGAGACCCCCGAGCCAAUCUUUGGUGGAGAUGCGGAGACAACUACCGCUACCUCUACAACGGAUGACAAUGCCGCGUGCGAUCAUUAUUGUAAACUUCUCAAUGGUGAGGCUAGCUAUUGCAAGCAAUGGCAAACUCCUGCCGUUUGCCUCUAUGGCGAUCAGCCCUGUGAUGACGCCAACAUAUGUAGAUCACCAAUAGAAGGCAUCACCACUGCCGACUUGGAUGGUGACAAUCAUACCGGUGAAUCUUCCGCCUGUGACGCAUAUUGCAAGGGCCUGAACGGUGUCACAAGUUACUGUAAGUACUGGCAGCAUCCUGCCGUUUGUCUUGAUGGUGAUCAGCCUUGCGGACCCUCUGUUUGUGAUCCCUCAUCGACGACUUCCAGCCUCACUUCAGAGCCAGUCUCUACUACGACUUCAACCGAAGCGACUACUCCCACGACUACAACAGUUCUGACUUCAGCCACGACCACAGUCGCUACCACAGUUAGCUCUACUACGGGCAGCGACUCUGCCACCAUUUCUACAACUCCAGGGGACCCUCUGUUUGGUGGGGACGCUGAUACAUCAACAUCUCCGGCGGUCGAUGAAGGUUACGUUUGUGAUCGCUAUUGCCAGCUGCUGAAUGGUCCGGAGAGUUACUGCAAGUUCUGGCAGUCUCCUGCCGUUUGUCAAUAUGGAGACCAGCCAUGUGGUGAUGUUACAACAUGCUCGUCGCCAAUCAUUGGCACUUCAACUUAUGACUUGGUUGGUGAUCAACACGACGGUUCUUCAUCGGCCUGCGACUCAUACUGCCAAGGGCUGAACGACGACUCGAGCUAUUGCAAAUACUGGCAGAAUCCCGCAGUUUGUCUUGGCGGUGACCAACCUUGUGGUCCGUCAAUAUGCGAUCCUACAACUUCGACUGCCUCGGCCUCCACUUCAUCGACUCCGCCUUCAUCCGUAUCUUCUACUACGCCGGGGACUUCUCAAUCGGUGGCCACCACGUCACUCGUCUUCGGAGGUGACUCAGAUUCGAGCACCGAGGUCUCUAAUGGGUGCGACACCUACUGUAAGGCUCUGAACGAUGAGUCCAGUUACUGCAAGUACUGGUUGGAUCCUCCAGUCUGCCAAAGUGGAGAUCAGGCGCGUGACAGGGCUGUCACUGUAUGGAUGUCGGUUCGACGAGAGAGCGGAAAGUGUCACAUGAACAUUCCGCACAGAUCCCUGCUAAUAGUGAAUGAGAAUGCUAAGAUGAUCAGUAAGUGA